AUGGCUGCCGCUGAUCCUGCUCCAGCGCUAGUGGCUCUGGACAAUGCGAUCGCGCAGAUCGACCUCCUCAUCUCCCGCCUCACCGCGUCGUCCGCCUCCUCAGCUGACGUUCCCGUUGCCGCUCAGCCGAAAGCUUCAGUAGCUGAAAGCAAUGGCGAGAAGCAGUCGUCAGAAAAAGGGAAAGCAAAAGCUGCGAAACCAGCAGCGCAAUCAUCAGCUGCUCCAGCGUCAGCGGGGGAGAGCGUAGAGAAUUUCGACAAAUGCGACAUCAGGGUGGCGCGGGUGCAGGCAGUGGAGCCCCACCCGGUGGCGGAGAAGCUUUACGUCUGCCAGGUGGAGGUUGCGCCGGGGGAGGUCCGCCAGGUGGUGGCUGGUCUUCGGAAGUUCAUCUCGCAGGAGGAGCUGCAGGGGCGGCUGGUGUGUGCCGUGUGCAACCUCAAGCCCGCCAAGCUCGCCGGGCAGCCCAGCCAAGCCAUGAUGCUCGCUGGCUCGCACCCCUCUGCUGAGGCUGAGGCCGGGGAGGUUGUCAAGCUCAUUGAUCCGCCCCAAGAUGCUGCAGUUGGUGAUCGAGUCUGCAUCCAGGGCCGGCCUGCGAGUGCAGCCCCAGUGAAGCAGCUCAGCUCCAAAGUGUGGGAGAAGGUGGCAGGGCUGCUUCGGGUGCAAGGAGGAGCUGCGAUGUUUGAUGGGCGGGCUCUAGUCACAGGGGUGGGCGGAGGUAUCACUGUGCAAGGCCUAGUUGAUGGCAGUGAAAUUCACUGA